GGGGCGGAGGGCAGUGCUGACAAGUCCCAACAUCAGGGAGAGAGGGCCUUUUCGCCGCUGUCUGCUUCUCAUGCUGAGAGGAUACUGGUUGCUUCUGGUAAAAUCCAGAGGGACGCUGACACCCUGAAUCACCAUGGGCAAUGAGAACAGCACCUCGGAAAACCAGCAGGAGAACUCGGGCUUGCAUAACGUCAUCCUGUGGCCGCCACACCCUGAGCCCUCGCAGAGAACUCCGUCCGCUCGGAGUCCAGGGUCUGUGCAACCCCCCGGGAGCGGUCACAACACAGAAGGGGACCUGGAGGAGAAGUCCGGAGGCGGGGACCGUGGAGGCUUGUGCAGUGACGGGCGCCGAGGCUCCUGCCCCCCUUCUGAAGGUGCUGCCAGCCUGCGUCCAUGCUUCGUGUCCUCAGAGGUGACAGAGCCAAGCAAAUGCCCACAGGAAGCCAGGGGCCCAGAAGGUUCGCCACUGCCCUGGCCACCAGUGUCCUGGGAGAAUAAGUGGCCCCCGGCCUCCAUGCCCUUUGCCGAGGGCCCCCCGGAAGUCUGCCUGGCAAGCCCUGGAGCCGCACCUGAAGACUGGCCCCUUAUUCAGCACCCCAGGAAGGAACCCUCCCCAAAUGCCCAUGGGGAUGCCCCAACAGUGCGUGUCCCUGAAGGAGACAUUUCUACUCAAUGCAACAUGGGCGCCAUCGUCCCUGGUGCCCAGGGCAGAGGGGGAGACCUGAAGGAAGAGGGACAUGAACUGUCUUCCUCCAGUCACACUGACCAGCUGCCAGCAAUGUCACCAGCACCUCCUCAAGCGCUGAUGAAGGGACAGCUGUGCGGGAAAGAUGGUGGCUUCAAGUCCCAAGGGCAAGAGGCUGUAGGUGGCCUUCCCCACGCAGAGUGCAGGCAGCCGGCAGCUUCUGUACCAACGGCCCCGAAGGCCCCAGCUGCAGCUCAGACAGAUGGGGAGAGCUCAGCUGACCUGGAGGAGCCCCCCACAAAACCCGAGACCCCAACCCCGCAAGAUCCAGCGCCCAGAGCCUUAGAGAGAGAACCGUGCCAAGUGGAGGUACGGCCUCAGGCUUCAGCUGAUGACUCAGGACCCCUCAGGGCCUGCCCUCCCACCCGCAGCAACUCAGGGGCUGCCCCCGAAGCCAGCACAAGUCCCUGGGAAAGCCUCCAGCAGCAAAUGGGAGCAUGUCUGGAGCACACAGAGCUGCCCGGGGGUCCGCCGAGUCCCGCCCUGGCUCCCGGGCCCGGGGCCUCUGGGAAGGAGAGCGUGGAUGCCAGCGGCGCUCAGGGGCCCCUGCAGAGAGCGGGCCAGGGAGGCGAUCCCGGUACAGGUACAGGGGCUUUGCUCGUGAGCGCCCAGCCUUCCCCGCAGGCCCCGACAGAGGAAGCUAGUCUGCCUUCAGGCUCCACUUGGCAACCAGCUGCUGGGGCCUGUGCGGCCGCAGAAGAGCCCAGCUGGUCCGGCAGAGAGAUGUUGUCCGAGGCCGCGACGCCAGUUCUUACAGAUCCGGCCAGUGGGCCAGCAGACGCAGGGCUGGCGGGACGGGGGAAGCAUGCGGCAGAUCUCAGAAAUGAGGGAGAAGGUCUAGAAGGGAGCCCUGGAGACGGUCCUGACCCUUGGCCUCAGGAGGCCAGGGCAGAGCUCUCAGUGAAGGACCGUGAAGUUCAACAAGGAGUACCACCCUCCGCCCCACCCUGUGCAUCAGAUGAAAGUGCCGGAAGCUCACUGGGGCCAGAGGAUGAAGCCAUGACCCCUGAAAGCCCAUCAGAGGCUGAGGAGGAGAGCAGACCUCCUGGGGCCAAGUCCCGGAGACAGGAAGAAGUCGCACAGCCACUUGACAGUAGAGAUCCUGAGAGCCCUCGGGGAGAGCAACCCGGGGCCUCCAGCUGCAAGCCCGACCCAGAGGUCGAAAAAGAGGUUUCCAAGUUAAGCCGUGACGUGGAGAGCAGAGCGCAUUCCGGCACAGACUCAGCACAGCCGCCCGAGAAGGAGGGUCCUGAGCACACCGACAGGCCUGGCUCUCCGUCAAAAGAUGCAGCUUGGAGCUCAGUGGCCUGCGGGGUGAUGGGGGCAGCCCUUGUGGCCCAGGCCUCUGGCUCAGGGCACCAGCUCUCUGCGGAGGGUGUCCUCCUGGCCCCUGGGCCGGACGGAACUGGUGAGAACAUUCUUCCCGAAGAAGCCGUCUGGGAGGGGCCAGGUCUGCAGACUCCAUGUCCUGACACCCUUCGGGUAGCGGGGGGAUUGGAAAGAAUGGACGGUCUUCCUGCUUUAGAAUCCGAGAGAGCAGAUUUCCUGUCAGCUCGCGCUAUAGAGGUCGACCCCGAAGCCCAGGAGGCCCAGAGCAUGUCAGAGACAAAGAUGAGGCGCCCCCCAUCUGCGCCGAGGCCCGACAGCUGUGACGGGGACGGCUUGCUGACAUCGCCAGGCCGGCCUGGUGGGCUGGGGCAGGAGGCAGCUGGUCAGGAAGGCCAUGCCGACGGGGGCUUUGUCAGUGGGGAGAGUUUGGCAGUGGACCGUGGGCUCCCGAUGCUCAGCCUGGAACAAGAUUGUCAGGGAAAGCCACCCUGCCUGGGAGACCGCCGGAGGCCAGGGGCUGCUUCUGACGGGCCCUCAGUGUCUUCUGAGAACUACCUCCAGCCAUUGCAGUCAGACCCCCAAGCGUGCGUCUUUGACACGGUGCAGGAGAAGCCCCAGCACUGUGAACUUGAGGAAGAUACUUACCCAGGGGGUCUCAGUGGCACGAUUUUAGGCCCAGAUGCUCCUCAAAGACCUGUGGGGCCUCUGGAGGAUGCGCACUGGCCCACUCUCGGGCCAGAGGGGCAAGCUUCCAGACCGGAGCUUCUGGCUGCGCUCCCCAAAGACAGUCUGGCUGGUGCUCCAAGUUCAGCUCCCAAGGACACAGGUCCAGAAGGUCCUGCGACCCAGCAGCCAGAGCUAUCUGCCCCAGUAGGACCAGAGCUGCCAGCCCUGGGGCAGAAUGAGCCAGAGGAAGCAGGCAGUGGCGGCCUGUCCUCCAGACUCUCGCCUCCGGCAGGAGGCGCCUUGAAGGACCCCCCUCCUGCCGGUGUCUUGAGCAGAACGGAGACUUGCUGUGCCUCGCAGGGGCUGAGCAAGUCCCGGCAGGAGGCAGCAGGUGUGUCGCAAGCCAGCAGUCGGCAUGAAGGAGCUUGUCUCCGUGAUGCAGGAGUUUCAGAAGCCGCUAAUGCUCAGCCCCCGCUCCGGGGCUUGGGGAAGACGGAGAAGGCAAGUGGGAACACAGCGGGGACCCCACCUUGUUGGCCUGACUCAGCUGCUCUCCUGGACGCAGCUCCCGGGCCGCCGGUCCCGGCGCCCGCCAGCCUUGGAGUCACACCCACCCGGGAUGCCCCAGACAGAGAGGCGUGGGGCGAAAGCCAGGAAGGCAGGCAGCAUCCGGCACCGGCCCCGCCGAGGGAGAUGGAGCAGCCCACCGCCCUGGACGCGGAGGCCCAGGGGCUUCUCGGAAGGUGCCCAGUGGCCCAGGAUCAAGGAGCUGAUGGAGGCGCUACUGAGGCCGGUGGGCACGCUGAGGAAGGAGACGUGGGGGUGCAGCGGGCUCUGGAGGGGUCAGAGGAAGCUGCUGCGUGGGGCGGCUUCCUACAUUCUGAGCAGCGCGCCUCCCCCGGGAAGGAAGCUUCUACCUCUGCCCUCGAGGAGCCCUGCCAAGCACAGCCACGUCCGGCCAGCUCCCAGGAUGCCUCACUACCGGCCAGAGAGCUGGGUGCAAUUCCCAGGAGCGAGGUGGACAUUUCUGCAGCCCAGGCUGUCCCCAGCCAAAAGAGCCACCUGCCACUGGGGCCACAAGAAGAAGCCGUUCUGGACACUCCCUACCUGGAUAUUGCUGGCACUGCUGGGAAAGGGGCAGGCCCUUGUCCGGUGGAAGAGCCUCUGCCUGCCCUGGAGAAAGCUACCCCCGUGAAGAUUUCCGUCGGCUCGCUAGCCUCCCUCUCACCACCAGGAGCUGCCGGUGGGGAAAUCUCUGCGGCGCAAGCCAGCAGUGGAAGCCCCAAAGCCGCAGACUUUGAGGGACCUGCGGGCUCCGUCCCCUACCUGGACAGGAUGCUGCUUCUGACCAAGAGCGAGCAGAUGACAGGGGAGGAGGGGGCGAGAGUGCCCGGUGCAGGCGCCCAGCCCAGGGAGAUGCCAGCACGCCCUGCCAGUGAGGGACGCAUGGCAGGUGACGCAGCGGGGGAGACAGAGGGCAGCGGGGAGAGGAUGGUGGAACCUUCCGAGGAUCCGAGGAGGGGCGCCUCAGGCGGUGUGGACGCAAGCUCCAAGCAGACGGGCAGGGGCAUGAUCGCUGGGCUCCCUGACUUCAGGGAGCACAUCACCAAGAUCUUUGAGAAGACUGUGCUCAGAGCCCUGACCUCAGAUCGACCCCUGAGUGCAGCUGGAGAAAAGGCAGGAGCUGAGAGGAGUGUGCGGAGUGAGGACGUCCCGGGGCCACGCUCAGAGAGGCCUCCAGACGGGACGCAAGGAGCGGCCAUCGCCCCUGACCCCGCCCUUCCUGCUGAACUCGGGGCAGGCACAAGGGAAAAGAAGCCAGGGGGGCCUACGGAGGCUGAGAUCCCCUGUCCGGGGCCCCAGCACCCCAGUCCAGGAAAGCAACCAGGUCUGGCGGCACCAGGCGCAGAGCAGAACCUGCCAGGGACCAGCGUGGGAAAGGAAAGGGCUGGUGUCCCACAGAUGGUGCAGGACAGUGAGAAGCCAGAGGGGGCUGCGGAGGCCGAGCCGGGGCCGGGGGGCCAGCCCCCCUCCCAGCAUGGGGAAUUAGCUUCAGGUCUCUCUCCUGCAGCUGCACCAAGCACGCCCAUGGGAAAAGCUGCUGACUUCCAGAUGGUUCCCCAGAGCCACGGAGAAGGGGCCUCAGCUCCAGAAGAUAGAAUUCCUCCUGGAAUAUACCACCAGGGAGCAUCCAUGGGUGACAGCCAACCCAGAGAGGACGGCAGUGGCUUUGCGCACACAGGGUGUCCGAGUGUCAUGCCUGUGUUCACCUGCGCCCCGGGAGCAUCUUCUCCCCAUGGGGGUGUCCCGCUUGGGGCCGAGGCCAUCAGUGCACCCUGGACCCCUGACGCUCUUGGGGGUGAGCAGAGGCUUGGAGGUGCUGCCGGGAUCUCAGGAACACAAAACGCCCUGGGCCAGCAGCGGGCCCCAGAGCCACAGGCUGGGGAAGUUCCAGCCACUCCCCUGGAGCCCAGCUCCGUGGCAGGAGCUGCUGGCGAAGCAGAGGGUGAUGUCUCUCUGAGCCCAGCUGAGACCGGGUCACAGGUGUCUGCUGACCGGCCCGAGACAGGUACCACAAAGAUGUUCUCGGGUGCUGCUCCCGGGCCAGCACUGCCAGGAACCGGCGAGGCCCCGGGCCACUCCGAUGGAGACCCGGGCAGGGAGGACAGCGCCGACAGCCCAUCUGUGCACCAGCCGGCUGAGGAGCAGCAGCGCCCCAAGCCCCCCACUGCUGCCGGGGGCGGCAAGCUGCCAGUCCCCUCACCUCCAGAGCCUGACGGACCUUGGGACGUGCCGCUGCUACAAAACCUGGCCCCGGGAGCGAGCCAGGUUGAAAGAAAGAGCCCCCGGCCCGAUCCUUCCAUCUCACCUUCAGUUCCUGAGAAAGAUGCUCCAAAUGUCCCGGGCAACGUCGUGUCAGAGGAGGCCAGAAGUGUGGGAGGAGCAGAAAGGUCACCUGUAGCGGAUGAUGUCAUCCAGCCAGCCGUCCCUGAGGACCUGGAAAACCCACUGAUAGCUGCCUCUCCCCACCAGGGUGAAGCCAUCAGCCAGCUCUCCAGGGAUCUGACCGCCCAGAGCCCCUCCCCUGCCACUGCCUGUGCGGAUCCCACUCCCCGAGCCUCAGGACCUGUGUCGUUGCCUUCUGCCCCAGCUGCUGACGGAGUAGAAGCUUCCGCUGUCUCCUGCCGGGCUCCGGCCAAUGACUUGAGCAGGAGUUCUGACUCUGAAGAAGCAUUUGAGACCCCCGAGUCAACGACACCUGUCAAAGCCCCACCAGCACCACCUCCGCCACCCCCCGAGGUCACGCCAGAACCUGAGACCAGCGCACAGCCUCCCCUGGAAGAACCAGGUACCCAAGGAUGCGGUUCUGAGACGGCCUGCGUCCCCGAUGGCCCACGCAGCAGCUCGGUGGAGGGGAGCCCCUUCCGCCCGCCGUCACACUCCUUCUCUGCCGUCUUCGAUGAAGACAAGCCUAUAGCCAGCAGCGGGACUUACAACUUAGACUUUGACACCAUCGAGCUGGUGGAUGAUUUCCAGACCUUGGAGCCCCGCUGCUCGGACGCUAAGAGUCAGGAGUGCAAAGUGAGCACGCGGAGGAAGUCCACGGAUUCUGUCCCUGUCUCCAAGUCCACGCUCUCCCGAUCGCUCAGCCUGCAAGCCAGUGACUUUGACGGUGCGUCCUGCUCAGGCAGCGCCGAGGCCGUGGCCCCGGCCCCAGACGCGUGCAGUGCGGGCUCAAGCAGUGCCUCCAGUACCCUUAAGCGAACUAAAAAACCGAGGCCGCCUUCCUUAAAAAAGAAGCAGGCCACCAAGAAACCCACGGAAACUCCCCCGGUGAAAGAGACACAGCAAGAGCCGGUCGAAGAGAGUCCCGUCCCCACUGAGGAGAACAGAGCCGUCGAGACGAAGACGGAAGGGGCCAGGACAGAACCUGCGACGCCCACGCCGUCAGAGGAAGCAUCCCCGAAGCCUGCUGCUGUGCCCAAGGCCACCUGCCCCCUGGACUCAGAGGGCGCCGAAGGGGCUGUGCCCCCCGCUCCCGGAAGCGGCAGAGUGCAGAACUCACCCCCCAUUGGAAGGAAAACGUUGCCUCUAGCCACGGCCCUGGAGGCCGUGGAGGUGACCCCGUCGGAUAGCGGGGGACAGGAGGACUCCCCGGUCAAAGGGCUCUCGGUGCGGCUGGAGUUUGACUAUUCUGAGGACAAGGGUAGUUGGGACACCCAGCAGGAAAACCCCCCUCCCACCAAAAAGCUCGGCAAAAAGCCGGUUGCCAAAAUGCCCCUAAGGAGGCCAAAGAUGAAAAAAACGCCCGAGAAACUCGACAACGCUCCUGCCUCACCCACCUGCUCCCCCGAUGAGCCCAAUGACGUCCCUAUGGCGAAAGGUACCUACACCUUUGAUAUUGACAAGUGGGAUGACCCCGAUUUUAACCCUUUUUCUUCCACCUCAAAAAUGCAAGAGUCCCCCAAACUGCCCCAGCAGCCCUACACCUUUGACGCAGACGCCUGCGACGAAUCCGUUGACCCCUUUAAGACGUCCUCUAAGACCCCAGCCUCGCCUUCGAAGUCCCCGGCCUCCUUCGAGAUCCCAGCCAGUGCCACCGAAGCCAACGGAGUGGACGGGGAUGGGCUCAACAAGCCCGCCAAGAAGAAGAAGACGCCCCUCAAGACUGACACAUUUAGGGUGAAAAGGUCGCCAAAGCGGUCUCCUCUGUCUGAUCCACCUUCUCAGGACUCCACUCCGGCGGCCACACCAGAAACGCCGGUGAUCUCCGCCGUGGUCCACGCCACUGACGAGGAAAAGCUGGCCGUCACCAACCAGAAGUGGACGUGUGUGACGGUGGAUCUGGAGGCCGACAAGCAGGACUACCCGCAGCCCUCGGACCUGUCCACCUUCGUCAAUGACACCAAAUUCAACUCACCCACGGAGGAGUUGGAUUACAGAAACUCCUAUGAAAUUGAAUAUAUGGAGAAACUUGGCUCCUCCUUACCUCAGGACGAUGACGCCCCGAAGAAGCAGGCCCUCUACCUUGUGUUCGACACUUCUCAGGAGAGCCCCACCAAGUCUCCCCCGGUCCGGACGUCAGAGUCCCCGACGCCGUGUUCAGGGUCAAGUUUUGAGGAAACUGAAGCCCUCGUGAACGCCGGCACCAAGAUCCAGCAUCCCGUCACACGAGGGCUGGCCCCCAACCAAGAGCCACACUUGCAGGGGCCAGAGAAAUCCUCCCAGAAGGAGCUGGAGGCCAUGACGUUGGGCACCACUUCAGACGCGAUUGAAAUUACAGCUCCUGAGGGCUCGUUUGCCUCUGCUGACGCCCUCCUCAGCAGGCUAGCUCAUCCAGCCUCUCUCUGUGGUGCGCUUGACUAUCUGGAACCCGACUUAGCAGAAAAGAACCCCCCCGUAUUUGCUCAGAAACUUCAGGAGGAGUUAGAGUUUGCUGUCAUGCGGAUAGAAGCCUUGAAGCUGGCCAGGCAGAUCGCCCUGGCUUCCCGUAGCCGCCCGGAGACCAAGAGAGAAGCUGGCCACCCAGCAGAUGUCUCCAUCUCUAAAUCAGCCUUGUACUCCCGCAUCGGGACGGCCGAGGUGGACAAGCCCGCAGGCCUUCUAUUCCAGCAGCCUGACCUGGACUCCGCACUCCGGAUCGCCAGGGCAGAGAUCAUCACCAAGGAGAGCGAGGUCUCGGAGUGGAAGGCGAAGUACGAAGAAAGCAGGCGAGAGGUGAUGGAAAUGAGGAAAAUCGUGGCCGAGUAUGAGAAGACCAUCGCGCAGAUGAUAGAGGAUGAGCAGAGGGAGAAGUCAGUCUCCCACCAGACCGUCCAGCAGCUGGUCCUGGAGAAGGAGCAGGCGCUGGCCGACCUGAACUCCGUGGAGAAAUCUCUGGCCGAUCUCUUCAGGAGAUACGAGAAGAUGAAGGAGGUCCUUGAAGGCUUCCGCAAGAAUGAAGAGGUGCUGAAGAAAUGCGCACAGGAGUAUCUGUCCCGAGUGAAGAAAGAGGAGCAGAGGUACCAGGCCCUGAAGGUGCAUGCGGAGGAGAAGCUGGACAGGGCCAAUGCUGAGAUCGCGCAGGUCCGAGGAAAGGCCCAGCAGGAGCAGGCCGCCUACCAGGCCAGUCUGCGGAAGGAGCAGCUCCGCGUGGACGCUCUGGAGAGGACGCUAGAGCAGAAGAAUAAAGAGAUAGAAGAACUCACCAAGAUUUGUGACGAACUGAUUGCCAAAAUGGGGAAAAGUUAACUUUGAACCAAAUGUUCGGACUUGACCGUUGCGUGCAAUAUGGCCGUCGGCACACUGCUGUCCUCCAGUAACAUGGACUGGUUCUGUUUUCACUUUUUCGUAUGCACUACUCGAUUUCCUUCUAAAUAAUAACGUUGGUUUGAUUGUAUGCAGUUCUAAGGAGACUAUCAGAAUUUCUUGCUAUUGGUUUGCAUUUUCUUAGUAUAAAUUCAUAGCAAGUUGACCUCAGAGUUCCUGUAUCAGGGAGAUUGUCUGAUUCUCUAAUAAAAGACAAAUCACUGACCUUGGCUUGCCCUUUGUACAUGAGUUCCCAGGGUGAGCGGCUUUUGGAUUUAAUAUGAACUUGUACAGCUUGCGCAGGGACUCUUGCCUUAAGGAGUGUAAACUUGAUCUGCAUUUGCUGAUUUGUUUAAAAAAAAUGCAUGUUUCAAAUAAAAUUCUCUAUUGUAAAUAAAUUUUUUUCUUUGGAUCUUGGCAAUAAGCGUGGCUAUGAUUUCUUUUCUGGGAAGGGUUGAGUCUUUUCUCGCCUUUGUUAAAAUCAUAUCAGAUCUGGCCCUUCCUCCGUCUGUCUGGCUCACUUCUUUGUCCGUAGAUUUAAAGAACGUUUCCUUCAUUAUCGUGGCUGUUUGUAGGAUGGAGGCUAAGGGGAAGUACCGACUUGCUGUUUUUUAAAUGCGUAUGUGCUUGUAUUGAAUUAGCUUAGAUUUUGUUAUUACACACGGUCUCUGAGUUUGGGCGGGAAAAUCUGUUUUCCUUUACCGGCUCAAGGAAAGUAGCAGGCUGCCUCUCUUCCUAUGCAUUCUCCUAGUGUGUGGCCAUCGACCCCGAGAAGUCACCCAGCUCCCUCUAAAGGACCAGCCCCCCGUGAGCCAUUACCCGCAGGAGACAAGUAGUGAGGCCACCUUGGAGAUGAGCUAGGAUGUGCCUGCUGUUAGAGUCCUUUGCUGUUCCUGGCUUUCUCGGGGACCCCAGCUUGAGGGGUGUGCAGUGAGAGGGUGGGGAGGUAUCGUAGUUUCCUAAAAUUGCCGUUAUGUCACAUAUUUAGCAGCUUAAAACAAUAGAAAUGUAUUCUCUCACCGUUCUGGAAGCCAGAAGUCCCAAAUCUGAGUGUCAGUGGGACUUUUUUUUCCCUCGGGGCUCCACGGCAGAGUCUGUCCCUUGUCUCUGGAAGCAUCUGGAUAGUGGCCAGCAGUCCCUGGUGUCCCUUGGCCAGUGACUGUGUCCCUUUAGUCGCAGCCUCUGUCUUCACAGGCCUUUCUCCUGUGUCUCAACCCUCUCUUCUCUCUCUUACAAGGGCACCACUCGAUGGAUUUCGGGCACACCCCAAAUCCAGAAUGAUCUCUCAAGAUUCCCAGUUACAUCUACAAAGACCCUGUUUCCAAAUAAGUUCACACUCACGGCUGUGGUGUUGGGCCGUGGAGGCCAUUUGUGGGGGCCCGAGUGUGCCUGUGGGACGUGCGGUGUGCAGAGUGAGUUGCCCCUGGUGGCCCUCAGCUCACGUGCCCCUCAUCCUGCUCAAGCACAGUGGCCGCAGGCUGUUCCCCUCACAUAGGACCACACGACACCACACAGGUCAGGCACCCAGGCAGCACCAGGGAAGAGACCCAGCCCGCCUCUCUGGAAGAGAGCUCUAACCCACUGCCAACCCCACCCAACGGGGAGGGACCCCACGACAGGGCGGCGAUCCGCCUCCCCCCACUGCCCGGCCACCUCUGCGGGCGCCCGGCCCCUGGCCCCCCUCCUCAUGGCUCAGCCGGGCCCCCCGAACCCCCUGCUCACCUGUUCAGACCAAACCCCUCCUCCACCCCCACCCCAGCUUCUGAUCUCGGCUGUGUUCUCCGAACAGCCCAGCCCCUUGCUCUUGAAAGUUUCUAUUUUUCUUAUUACUGAAGCAAAACAUUUCCAUUACUAAAAAAGUCUAGAAAUGCAGGUAAGAAAAAAAAAACACAAUCCCUAAACCAAGAAACGAUAACGGUUAAUGUUUUUGUAUUUAUUUUUCUAUGCUUUUUUUCUCAGUGUAUGAAAUAUUUAUUAAUUUAUAAAAGCGGGAUUAUUUGGACUUCAGCCCCCCUGCGAACCAUUUUGUAAACCUUUGUCGUGUAAUAAAUACUAUAAUGUAACCAUCAUGUUAUGCAAACUUUUAUAUCAAUAAAUACGGCUUUUUGUCAUUUUGAA